AUGGUGUGUGGGAAGUGUGAUGUUCCAGCCGUGUCCGCACAGGCCCUGAAGUGUGUGUCUCUCUCUGGGUUGCAGCACCAGCAGCAGGUGGUGCAGGCGGUGGAGAGAGCCAAGCAGGUCACCAUGGCAGAACUCAACGCUAUCAUCGGACAGCAGCAGCUCCAGGCCCAGCACCUGUCCCACGGCCACGCCAUCCCAGUGCCCCUCACGCCUCACCCGGCCGGACUGCAGCCACCCCUGGCCCCCGGGGCGAGUGCGGCCAGCCUGCUCGCCCUGUCCAACGCCCUGAGCCACCAGCUGCCAAUCAAAGACGAGAGGAAGCACCACGACAACAACAUCUCCGAGCACCAGAGAGGUACGAGAAGGAGUAACUAUAUGUACCAGGAAAGGAAAGGCUGA